AUGCGAGCACUCAUCCGCCUCCCCGUCGAGGCCGGGUCCGGGAUCCCGCCAAAAGCAACGACCUCCUCCCUAGUAACUCCUCGCGCUGAAACCCGCGAAGGGUCAACCAAGGAUACCGGAGGAGGCGACUGCGGGCUCCCAUGCCCCUCGGACAAGUGCCCCAAGCCAAGACCCAUAGCAACGGGUACGCUGGGAGGAGGCUCGGACCUCCUGACCGCCGACGAGGAAGGAGGAGUCAGGGCCGCCUGCCCCAAACCCCCCUCCCCCAAUGCCACAAAAGGCGCGGGCACCACCACAGCCGAAGGAGAUGCGGUCCUCCUGACCGCCAGCGAGGAAAGAGGAGUCAGGGCCGCCUGCCCCAGACCCCCCUCCCCCAACGCCACAGAAGGCGCGGGCGCCGCCGCCACGCCCGAAGGAGAGAGAGCCGAGGCCGCCUGCCUCGGGCCUCCUCUCCCAGCACCUGCCGGUCCCGUCAUGACCAGCGGUGCCGAUGUCGGGAUAGUGAAGGGGGAAGUGGGAGUCAGGGCCGCCUGCCCCAAACCCCCUCCCCCAACGCCACAGAAGGCGCGGCCGCCGCCGCCACGCCCGAAGGAGAGAGAGCCGAGGCCGCCUGCCUCGGGCCUCCUCUCCCAGCACCUGCCGGUCCCGUCAUGA